GGCUGCUCUCUCCCCCACUCAAAUCGGUGCUGAGAUUUUGAAGGCUACUGCUGAUGGAAUCAUUAAAGCACUCAAGGGUGGAACGCUGCUGAAAAGGGAAAUUUGGAGAUUUUCACACUCUUAGUGGAACGCUUCGGAGUCUUUGUUGAUAUCCAGUCUUACUGCGGGGAUACUCCUCUGAUAGAAGCUGCCAACGCGGGACAUAUCAAUGUUGUGGAAUUUCUGAUCAUCCAUAAAGCUCAACUGCAGGCAGCGAACAAAAAGGGAUUCACUGCGUUGCAUUAUGCAGUUCAAAAAGAUAACAGGGACCUUAUGGAAUUGUUGCUGAAUAAUGGUGCUCCUACGGAGAAAGAUUCUGUGGAUGGAACACCUUUACAAAUUGCUGCAUCUCAAGGACAACUCAAGUCUAUCAAGUUGCUGCUGAAAUUUGGAGCGGAGCCGAAUUCAAACAUUUCAGCAGUUCAGGACUCCCCUCUUAUAUCAGCAAUCAAGGCACUCUCGUAUGAAUGUGUGAAGCGUCUGAUUAAGGCUAAGGCUGACCCAGACAAGUUUUUAUAUGGGUUAACUCCUUUGGCACAUGCAGCAAAACUACCGGACACGAAAUAUCUCGAAUGUUUGAUUGCUGCUGGAGCAACUCCUCAUAAACAAUGCACAGGUCGCACAAUAGCUAUUGAGGAAGCUGCAAUGGUAGAUAAUCGUAAAGCUGUUUCGAUUUUGUUUCCAUUAACUGCAAAGCUUCCAGGGUAUCAAACCUGGACUGUUGAAGGCAUAAUGAAGUACAAUCGUUCUGGACCAGCAAAAACCUGUCCUUGAGUCUUGAUGCUCCAUAUUAUGGAGGAAAUUCAGUUCAUCAUUACUCUUAACCUAAGGUCUCUCUCUCUCACACACACACACUCACUCACUCGUAUGUUGUACCACAUAUCUUGCAGAGAGAGCAAUAUAAGAAACGUUACUUGGAAGUACUUGAAGGUUUAGGCAACAGAAGAAGGUAUAAUGAGGCUAUUUUUGGUGGCAGAGUUGCUUUGUUUGAAUACUUUUCUUGGCUGUAUCUGACAAGCUGCCCGGGGGAGGUCAUGAUCUAUUUCCAACAUUUCAUGUAGAGAGAUAGAGAGAUGCUUUGUUUGUGUUGUGUGUACAAAUACAUUGGAGCAUAUAAUACUAAUAUCAACUGCAAAUAUUGAUUGA